GAGCAUUGUCCCUCCAGCCAAAUGCUGGCCAGUCUUGAUGGUCAACAAGUCCUUCUAUGCGGUUCUCCUCGUGGACCCAUCAGCUACCUUGGAUGAGAUAAAGCUGGCGUUCAAGCGGCGAGCUUUGCAAGUUCAUCCAGAUAAAGGUGGCAGUAAGGAAGCCUUUCAUUUGGUCUACCAAGCCCUGCAGACUUUGACUGAUCCAGCAGCACGGAAGAAACAUGACAAGAGUUUGGCCCAUGACGCGGCUACUUCAAUGGCUAAUCCAGGGCUUGUCCAAAGUGAGCUAAAGCCCAAGAAGAAGACUGGGGGAAAGGGAUCGAAGGGAUGCUCUUCCGCCACAGCAUCGAAACCAAACACUGCAUACACAUUCAAGACAACCUCAGGACAGGCUGGAAGGACUGAAAAGACUGCGGGUUGUGAAAGAGGCACAUCCAAAUUCCCGCAAUCCAAGCAAGGGCAGCUUUUAUUGAAAAUCCAUCGGCUUCUCAAAGGAUUGCCACGAGAGGUUCGGAAGGAUUUGAUCCAAAAAGAGUUCUCACAGAAGCAACGCUUGAUUCUGGAGAAGUGGAUGGUUGACACCUUCUCAGCGGGAGAUGGGCCAUUUGAAGCUGGCCCAAUGCUUUGUGAAGCUCAGCCACCCCCUGAACAGCAAGCGAGGACUGCCGAAAGUUCCUAUGCUUUGGCUCUUCACGGUGGUAAGACUUCACCUGUGGAUGACUCCAAUGCCAGCAUCACGACCAGAUGCCCACCACCUGGAGCUUCGAAAUCCAUGAAAUGCAUCAAGAACAAGUCACAGCCCAGGGGCCGAGAUCCCAUCAGGAGUUUAUGUGGAUGUGUCAGGAAGAAUCGUUCACUUGGACACGGUGGUAGCUACAGAGCCAGAAUCCGAUUUGAUGCCAUUUACAUUGAAAUGUUUUCUGCAAAAUGCGAUUUACCAACUGCACUUGAAUACUUGUUGAUUCUUACAUCUGUGAAGCAGAAGAUGCUGGAUGACACCAAUCCAUGUGCCACAUUCGAAAACCGCCUGCAAGAGGCCUUGAUAUCAUCUGCUGCUGAGCAUGGAAAAUGCUUUGAUGAUUUGGAACUUCGGUUUGGCGUUGUUCAGGGUGCUGGCGUUUUCAUAGGCUCAGAGUUGCGAACACCAAUACUUCAGAGCAUUGGAGAGCUAGGAAAAAUUCGAGGCAUUUUGGAGCCCUUCCGGGAGUUUGCCAACAAGAAUUGGGGCCGCAGGGGGCCAUUUCGGCUGUAUAGUCCUACAUAUUUGCAGCAUCAAUGGGUACAAUUUCAGGAGGCUGUUGCAGAUACCUGGAGAGCUGCAGGUGCUGAUACCAGCAAAAUUCUACGAAAAAUCCGUGCCCUGUAUGCUUCAACAUCUGGCUUGCGUGACAAACACCUGCGAGCUUGGGAGUGCAAGCAUAUGGCCUUGCAAGACAAAAAAAGGCGAUACGCAUGGGACAUGACAAAUCAAAACGAGAAAAAUGGAGGACGCAUCGGGCUACAACGGUCCGAGCUUCGGCGUGCAAAGCAGCUCCAAGCCUGGGAAAGAAAGAGUAUGUGCCUUGAGGACAAAAAUAGACAUCGACCCCGAAAGUGGCGUGUGCCUAUCAAGAGGCAACAGUCUCUCAAUGCUGUAGUGAAAAAGAAUUCAUUUGCUUUGAAGAAGGUUCUCGUGAGAUGGGAACGGUGGUUGAAAAAGGAUGCUCAAUGGAUUGAGAAACAGCGCCGCAAACUGUUGCGUGAGCGCAACAGAGAUCGUGAAGCGCAACGUCGGGCACAGGUGCUGGCACAGCAACAUGCUAAAAAAGAAGAACGCUUAAGAAGAGAAGCUUGGCGCAAGAGAAGCAGAUUUUGCUGAGCAAUCCGCAUUCGUCUUCGAGGUGGCCAAUAUAGACUUGUGGCUUUCGAGUGCGGAAUGGGCUUGAUGGAGUGAAAAGAUCUUGGAGGAUGGCAUGGAGACCAAGGAUCGUAACUUGGAGGAAGGCAAUCUGUGUGGCAAAUGUGUUGCUCAGCCUUGAUAUCACGGCCUUUGACCAAGACCAACAAGCACACAAUGUUUGCUGCAAACUGCUCUUUGUCAAAAUACUGAUCCAUCAUGAUCCAUCAAACCUGGCGAAAUCAGGCAUUUGCUGCAUACGAACGGGCCCCUUAGUUGAUGCAGGGGUGUCAGUGCAUGUGUGUGUGAGAGAGGAGGUAGAAGUGUGGAUGUUGUGAGGAUGUGUCGCAGUAUGCAGUGCA